GCAUCCGCAACGGUGCCCGCAGCUUCGCCAGCGUCGGGCUCUCCGUCGCCCUCGCCGUCGCGGGCCGCCCGCCCUCGGUGCCCUCGAAGCGACGCGGCGGGCACCGCGCCGCUGCGAUGGCGCGGCGGGCUGUCCGUCGCGCCUAUGGCGAAUGGGAAUCGCCCAUUACAGCCAGCUUCAUCACAGCCGGUGCCAUCAAACUGGGCGCUGUAAGCUGCGACACCUCGGGUGUGGUGCGCUGGAUGGAGGGUCGGCCGCAGGAAGCCGGACGGCAGGUGGUCUGCAGUUUCAGUGAGGGCAACAGCAAAGUGGACUUGACACCCAAGGAUGUGAAUGCCCGAACUCGGGUGCAUGAGUAUGGCGGCGUUCCAUACUGGAUCGGUGCUGAUGGAGCGAUGUAUUUGAUCAAGUCAGAGGGAGAGGAAGCCAUUUGCCUCACUCCCUCCAGUGCCUACGAAGAGGAUCGGCGCUAUCGCUUUGCGGAUUGCGUACUGGUGCGGGAAGACCACACCGAUCCCAAGCCCAGCGAUGUAAAGAACAGCAUCUGCGCACUGUCGUUGGACGGUAGCGGCUCCAUGGAGGUCUUGGUGGAGGGCCAUGACUUCUACGCCGCGCCCAAGCUGAGCCCCGAUGGCACGCAGCUGGCGUAUCUCUCCUGGUGUCAUCCCUCGAUGCCCUGGGACUCAACACAGCUGACGCUGGCGCAGCUGGGAACAGAUGGCAUGGUGAACUCCCAGGAGACCAUCUGCGGAGAUGUCGUAGCGCAGGGAGAUGAUGCAGUUUCGGUGCUGCAACCCUGCUGGUCCCCCAGUGGCGUGUUGCAUUUUAUCGCAGACCUCUCUGGUUGGUGGAAUCUCUACACUUGGGACUCAGGAAGCAUCCAAAAUCUCUACCCCAAAGAUGCUGAAUUUGCCGGCGCGGCGCCGGGAUGGCAGCUGGGCCAGCAGAAUUAUUGUUUCCUUCCCGAUGGUCGCUGUUUGGCCUGCUUUGCGGAUCCAGACUUGGGUGCCAGCAGAUUGGUUGACCUAUCCACUGGGAAGGAGUACGGACAAGAGGAAGGGCUUCCGAGAUAUUUUGGUGGCAUGAACCCAAGCCCUGAUGGUCUUCUCUACUUCCUGGGUGGUGAUCCCGCAAAGGCGCCAGGACUCUACUCUUGGAGCUUGGAAGGCGGCGAGGCGAAGAUGCUGCUGAGCUCCAUGAAGGAAGACAUGCAGGUGGAUGAUGGAUACAUCAGCAAACCUGAGCUCAUCGAAUUCCCCACCGCGAAUGGUGAAACUGCCUAUGGCUUCUACUACCCUCCCAGCAACUGCGACUUCGAGGCCCCGGAGGGUGAAGCCGGUGCACCUCCCUUGUUGGUCAAGGCACAUGGAGGUCCAACAGCACAGACCUCCAUCGUCUUCAAUCCAGCUCUGCAAUUUUGGACCAGUCGAGGCUUUGCGGUGUUGGACAUGGACUAUCGCGGGAGCACCGGCUAUGGCCGGGCCUAUCGAAUGAAAUUGAAAGGCAACUGGGGUAUCGUGGAUAUCGAAGAUGUCUGCGCUGGUGCUGAGUACCUGGUGAAGAAAGGUUUGGCCGAUCCCAAGCGUUUGGCCAUCGACGGUGGCUCUGCGGGGGGCUACACGACCCUUGGGGCCCUGACCUUCCGCGACGUCUUCACUGCAGGCUGCUCCCUGUAUGGCGUAGCAGAUCUUGCCACCCUGGCGGGAGAUACGCAUAAGUUCGAGAGCCGGUACUUGGACGGCCUGGUAGGUCCCUAUCCGGAGCAGAAGGCUGUCUAUGAGGAGCGGGCGCCCAUCUGUCACAUGGAAAAACUGGCCUGUCCCAUCCUUCUGCUCCAGGGAGACGAAGACAAGAUUGUGCCGCCCAACCAAGCUGAGCUGAUGUACGACGCCGUAAAGGCUCGGGGCUUGCCCUGUUCCUUGAAGAUUUACGAAGGAGAGCAGCAUGGCUUCAGACGUAGUGAGAACAUCGAGGAUGCCUUGAACUCUGAGCUUGCCUUCUAUGGCCGCAUCUUUAAGUUCCAACCAUCUGCUGGAAGGGAUAUCGACCUGCCCAGCCUGGAGAUUGCGAACUUGGCGGAUUGA